AUGCCGCUGAAUACCGUCGCUCUAGGAGUCGCGCUCACUCCAACGGUUGUAUCGACUCUAGUCUCCCAUUACUUACAUCGCAAAUCCCUCCACCACAAACCGAAUGUUCACAUCUCCUACGAUGAAAGUAUAUCCAUUAUCCGUGAGUUCAUCACGUACAGCUCCAAACGGCCCCUCGAGUACAUCCAGGAGUUUACUGCUCAGCGUGUCCCUGCACCGCACUGGGUGAAAACCCAGCAUGUCACUAUUCCCGAGGAAUGCCUGACCUCCGCUGCAACCGCAAUUCAUGAAGAGCUGGGUCCCCACGGAAUCGCCCGUGUUGGAGGCCAAGAAUGGUGGCAGUGGCGUGGCCCGUCGGGGGAUUUGAAAGGGGAGUGGAUCGAGAUGAAAAAUGACUAUAAUGAGAGGAAGCAUACGAGUAGAGAUCACCCGAGUCAGAAGCGGAUCAUGCUAUAUAUCCACGGUGGUGCGUACUACUUUGGGAGUGUGGAAACACAUCGGUAUCAGCUUCAGCGCCAUGCGAGAAAGCUAAAGGGACGAGUUUUUGCCCGAGGUUCUAACGAAGACAUCACUAAUGCCAUGAUAGCUGAAUAUCGCCUUGCCCCCCAAUUCCCAUUCCCCUGUGGUCUUCAAGAUUCGUUGGCUGCGUAUUUAUACCUUUUGAAAGACCAUGCGCCCAGUGAGAUUCUUUUUGCGGGAGACUCGGCUGGCGGAGGGAUGGUUCUCUCUAUGCUCGUUAUAUGUCGCGAGCAGGGCCUGCCAUUACCCGCGGGGGCCAUCUUGAUUUCCCCGUGGGUCGACUUGACGCAUUCAUUUCCGAGCGUUGCAAAAGAAAACCCUGGAGAUUAUAUCCCGCCGCAUGGCUUUAUUCAUAAGCCGUCCGCCGCAUGGCCACCUCCGAACGAUGACGAUAUGUUAGAGAUUAAGAAGUCCCUUCAAAAGGACUCAAGUGUUGAAUUACAGCCGAAUACACUGGAGGUAGAUGCUUCUCAGCCAGCCAUGGGUCAUCACCGUCCACCUCCCUCUAUUGUCAUGAAUGGAAAGACGAUUGAAGUGAAGGAUCAGAUUCAUAUGUAUACCACGAACGAUCUUCUGUUUCAUCCACUUGUUUCUCCCAUCUUCCAACCAUCCCUUGGCGGACUAUGUCCCCUGCAAAUCGUCAGUGGCGGCGGGGAGAUGCUGCGCGAUGAACAAUUCUACAUUGCUCACAAAGCUGCCAACCCGACGUCUUACCCACCGAGCGAUGAUUUCCUGGACGAAUUCGACCCAAAGCGCCUCCUUCUUCACAAAUAUCCCGGAACCUAUGUUCAGCUGCAGGUCUGGGAUGACCUGUGCCAUGUGGCCCCGGCUCUCAGCUUUACGCGCCCAGCCAAAUUCAUGUUUCGGUCCAUUGCCCAGUUUGGAGCCUGGGCUUUGGCAUGCGCUCAAGACUCGAAGAUUGAAAUCCUUACUGACGACGAAAUCUCCCCAAUUCUAUCCAGUGAUUCAGAUAGCCCCCAUCCGUCUAUCCAUGGAGACAACGGGACAGAAGGCCAAAAUGUUCCAGUUUCUUCCGUAGGAAGGGCCGGUGAUACAUUACCGGCCUUCAAGGAUCGCAUGAUACGCCAGAGAGUUGGAAAACGGGGGUAUAUCUAUCCUCUUGAACCUCCGUCGUCAUAUUCUGUGCUGAGAAUUCCAUCCGAAUCUGUUGGUACCAUCAAUCCUACACUGCUUAUGAAAUGGAUCUUAGCGAAGGAGGAAUUGGAUCACAGAUUUGCGAAAGAGAAAGCCCGAGUCCAGCAGCAGCUCAUCAAAGAACUAGCGUACGGGUUUCAAGAAUUUGAUGGCGAAACUCCGCCACCCAGCUCAUUGGCCGCGCGGAGAUCAGCCCCAGGAGUUCUACCACCCAAGGCCCUGCACAAGAGCUAUCCCAUGUUUAUGUGGAGCAGACUGGCAAGCAGACAUGACAAGAAGACCAUCAAAAGAGAGCAUCAAAAAGAGGGUCAGUCUUGUAGAACCAGUGUCGAAGCUGGACGAGCUGGAGCUUCAACCAAGGAGAAUGAACCAACCAACGAGCAUGCCUCGUCUCUUCUAGUUCAUGAACAGAACGGCAUCAUUCUCGCUGAGCCAGAGCCCACUGCUCUUGAUACCGAAAAGUCUAACUAUGUGACACCUAACGAUAACCCUUCCGGAUCUACCCCUGGAAUUGCAGCAUACCUCUCCGACAAACCUCUUAGUCCGCUGAUUGUACUGCCGGAUUACGAAAGCCGGCAUACCGACGAGGUCGAAAACGCCAGCACGAGGGCGCUUUUCCAUGCGCAGGGGACAAUCCACUCCCGCUCGACAUCGGAUUUACGCAAUCUGCAGCGCCCCCCGUCUCGUGCCGGUUCCGCCACGAUCCGCAGUGGGUUUACCUCUGACCCUGCUGACGACGUAAGCAUAACCGGAGACGAACAUUCUCUUGCCGUCACCGGCGCAGGUGUCGAAACCGCCAGUACCCAAGCGGUUGUCCAUGCAACUGGAGUUGUUGGCAUCAUCAGUGAUGCUAGCCGUCUCCGUCAAUCUGUCGACAGCCUCACUGUUACUCCGUACCGAAUAGGGAGUGAAAGCAUCAAAAACAUACAGCAAUAG